AUGGCAUCGAUCAGCGAAGUCUCAUCAUCAUCAUCAUCAUCAACAAUUAAUCCAACAAAUGCACUUGUUUUACCAAAUAUUUUAUAUCCUGUUAUUGGUCAAUUAGAUAAAGCAGGUUAUAAAGAUAUGCAAACUGAUCUUCGUACGACUUUAUUUAAAUUAGAAGAAAUUUAUCCAGGUUUUUCAAAUAAUUUUCUUCAAUCAUUUAUGAAUAAAGAAACACCAUUAUUAGCAGCAACAACAAAUAUGAAUGAAUUAACACUUAAACUUGAAAAACAUUGUGAUAAAACACCUUACUAUAUAUCAUCAUCACGUAGUGAACAAGAAUUUCAGGAAUUAAAUGCACGUUCAAAAAAUCUUAAACGUAUAUUAAGUCGUAUACCAGAUGAUAUAAACGAAAAACGUGAAUUUCUUGAAACAAUUAAAGAAAUAGCAAGUGCGAUUAAAAAAACUCUUGAUAGUGUUUCAAAUACCUAUCAAUAUUUUAAAACAAUUGAUGGACGACAAGCAUUAGAAAAUGAGAAAAAAGAAUUUAUUAAAUACAGUAAACAUUUUAGUAAUACAUUAAAAGCUUAUUUUCGUGACAGUAAUCGUGAUGAUGUUUUUAUUGCUGCAAAUCAUUUACUUAUACAAACUGAUUAUCUUUUACGUACAAUUAAACUUUAUUGUGAAACAGAUACACUUGAUGAAUGUUUAUAUCCAUUGUUAUCUCAACAUCAAAAUCAAAUUAAAACUGUUUCAUCACGUUAUUCAUCAAAUAAUCAACACCAACAACACCAACAACAACAACAACAUAAUAUAAGGCAAACAUCUGCUACAUCAAAUAAUCGACCAAGUUCAACAUAUGAUGCAAAUUAUUCUUAA